GGAUGCCCAAUCUUGUGUAGGUCUCCUAGAAACAUCCUUCAUUGGUAGGACGCUUAUCUGAGGAGUGCAGGCUACUAAUUUGUACAAGUCUGAGGGAAUUUAUACUGUGAUGUUUGGCUCUUGAGCGACGAGCAUCGGGCCUGAUUCCAACGAGAUGAUCUUCUCUCACACCUCCAUACAACACUGGAGUAGUUGCUUUUCUGGCAAUACAGAGACAUGAGCAAGACCUGGGCGGCAUCGGACAUCACAAGUGUUUUUGGCAAGGUUGCAGUAGUAACUGGGUCAACGUCAGGACUGGGAUUCGCCGCAGCCAAAGAACUUGCGCGUCACGGCGCACAUGUUGUACUCACAUCUAAAACACAUGAGAAGGGCAGUAGGGCUGUGGCAGAUUUGAAAAAAGCAGUUUCUAAUGCUUCAGUCGAGUUCUUACAGCUUGACCUGAGCUCCUUCGGAUCGAUCAGGAGCUUUGUCCAAUCGUUCCUGGCAAAGGGCCUGAGCCUGCACAUCCUGAUCAACAACGCUGGGGUCUUCUGCUGCCCGCACAGCAAGACAGCAGAGGGGUUUGAGGUCUGCAAACUCCCAUGCACCCACACCUUGUCUGCAUGCACUACUCUUGCAUGACCCAGCCCACAUGACAGC